CACAGCCAACCUGCAGCUUAUAAAGACCAGCUCUGCUCGGCAGGUCAGCACACAGGACCCACACUCUUUACUCUGGAUGCGUCGCAAGCACCCCAUCAGGUGAAGACACACAAUGGAGCUGAAACCUCUUCUCAAAAAGCUGCUGUCGAUACUCCGAGCGGUCUUCACGUUCGUCUUCGCGUUGGCCGUUUUGGGCGUGAUGGUGUGGGCGUACGUCGAGGGUCAGCGGCUGGUCACAUCCAUGUACGGAAUCAUCUCCUUCGGUAUUUACGGCCUCCUGCUGUCUCUUCACGUGCUGGUCCAGAGCUUCUUCGCCUACAUCGAGCAGCGGCGGAUGAAAGCUCGGAAGACUCCGUGCACCUUCACCAAGACCAUCGGCUUCACCAUAUCAGCCUACCAGGAGGACCCGGUCUACCUCAAAGAGUGCCUCAACUCCAUCCGGGCCCUCCAGUACCCGCCCGAGCUGCUGCGCAUCAUCAUGGUGGUGGACGGGAACUCGGAAGACGACAUGUAUAUGAUGGACAUGUUCAGAGAGGUGUUUGCUGACCGGGACCCGGGUUGUUACGUGUGGUACAACAACUACCACACCUGGGAUCCCACCAUGGAGACAGCUUCUGUGGGCUCAGGAGUGGAGGCAGACUAUAUUCUAGAAAGCGAGGACCCACAACGGAGCGAAGUGGAGCACCUGAUCCAGACCAAGAACUGCGUGUGCAUCAUGCAGAAGUGGGGGGGCAAGCGGGAGGUGAUGUACACCGCCUUCAAAGCCCUCGGAGAUACAGUGGACUACAUCCAGGUGUGCGACUCAGACACCAAACUGGACGCCUUGGCCACGGUGGAGCUGUGUAAGGUGCUGGAGAGCAACCCCAAGUACGGCGCAGUCGGCGGGGACGUGAUGAUCCUCAACAUGAAGGACUCCUACAUCAGCUUUAUGAGCAGCCUUCGCUACUGGAUGGCCUUCAACAUAGAAAGGUCCUGUCAGUCCUUCUUCAACUGCGUCUCCUGCAUCAGUGGACCUUUGGGCUUGUACAGGAACGAUCUCCUGCAGGCGUUUCUGGAAUCUUGGUACAAUCAGAAGUUUUUAGGGACUCAUUGCACUUUUGGAGACGACAGACAUCUCACCAACCGUAUGCUGAGCAUGGGCUACGCCACAAAAUACACGGCUAACUCCAAAUGCUACACCGAGACGCCCGCUCAGUUCUUGCGUUGGCUCAACCAGCAAACCCGCUGGACCAAGUCGUACUUCCGCGAGUGGCUCUUCAACGCCAUGUGGUGGCACAAGCACCACCUGUGGAUGACGUACGAGUCCAUCGUUUCCGGGGUGUUCCCCUUCUUCGUCACAGCCACCAUCAUCCAAGUGUUCUGGACGGGCACGCUGUGGGACAUCCUGUGGGUGCUAUGCUGCAUCCAGCUGAUCGGGCUGGUGAAGGCCGCCUACGCCUGCAUCCUGCGCAGGGACGCGGUGAUGGUGUUCAUGUCGCUCUACUCCGCCUUGUACAUGACCAGCUUGCUGCCCGCCAAGUACUUUGCCAUCCUCACCAUGAACAAAAGCAGCUGGGGCACGUCGGGACGAAAGAAGAUAGUGGGCAACUACAUGCCCCUACUGCCCUUGUCGGUGUGGACAGCACUUCUGUUAUCUGGGAUGUUUUACACUAUCUGGAGAGAGAGCAUCGAGAGCUGGUACAGUCCAGUAAAGACUGGAAACUGA